AUGGCGCCAUCCCGUGAGAAGAAGCCGCCUGCGCUGAAGCUGUUGAUGGUCCAGCUGAAGAACACCCAGACAUCCAUGGACGACAUCUGGAGAUUUGUGGAAGGCUACGAGCGGACAACAACUGCAAGUCAGGUCAACGUGCGCUUGCUGAGUGUUGAUGAGUUGUGGCAGAAGUAUGGGGAGAUUCUAGCAGAUAUUCAGGCACACGAUGAUUUCGAAGAUGAAAAUGAGGCGUUCGAUAAAGCGAGGCUAGUGUAUAGUGAUAGGUACUACUAUUGUAAGGCGUUCUUGAUGGAUAGGGCUAAGGAAUUGCAGGAUCCAAGGGAAGCCGAUCGUUCCGUACGAGCUAACGAGGCGUCAGCGCAUGGUCAUGGGACCCUAGACCAUGUACGAUUACCACAAAUCACGCUGCAGGAGUUCAACGGAGACAUCGAUGAAUGGAUUAGCUUCCGUGAUCUGUUCACUUCACUCAUACAUCGGAAGAUAGACCUGCCGGAGGUGGAAAAGUUCCACUAUUUGAAGGGAUGUCUGCAAGGAGAACCGAAAAGCCUAAUCGACUCGUUAAAAAUCACGAAGGCCAACUAUCAAAUAGCGUGGGACUUGCUGCUAAAACGAUACGACAACAGCAAGCUUUUGAAGAAGCGACAGGUGCAAGCUUUGUUCAAUUUGCCAACGCUGUCCAAGGAAUCUGUAGCGGAUCUGCACACUCUGAUCGACGGUUUCGAAAAGGUCGUGCAGAAUCUGGACCAGGUGGUCCAACCGGAAGAUUACAAGGACCUUUACUCGUUAACCUACUCACUUCUCGACUAG